AUGGAGAAUGGAGAGCUAGAGGUGGUUGAUGAGAAACUGGUCUCAGGAGAUGACAGUGCUAGGACAAAGUUUGGAACUAGAUAUUUGACAGACCCACAGAAUGUAUUUCAACAUAAUGCAUGGGAUAAUGCUGUAUGGGACGAGGAUCAAGAAAUUACUGCCCAGAAAAUUGCCAAGAAUCAUGCAGAUCGUGCAGUUUCCAUAGAUAGGAGAGAUGUGUAUGAAAAAGAAGCUGCUAAGAACUGGAACCAGUUUUACAACAUUCACACAAACCAUUUUUUCAAAGACAGACAUUGGUUGUUUACUGAAUUUCCUGAAUUGUAUGGACCAGAAACAUUCACAGAGAGUACUAUCGCAAGUCACAGUACAUCUACUAAAUCUGAUUUAAAUCCAUCAAACUCAUUGUCAGCAUUUGAUGAAGAAAUUGAUAAAGUAGAUACCGGAAGUAGUAGAGGAAACAAAUCUUUAAUUACCAUACCAGAACAGGUAUCAUGUCAUGAUAGUGACUGUGUUCAACAACAAACACCUGAGGAACAUGUGCCUUUUUUCAGGUUGCUUGAGGUUGGCUGUGGAGUUGGCAAUACUGUGUUUCCAGUUCUAAAAACAAACAAGAAUCCAAACUUGUUCAUCUAUUGCUGUGAUUUUUCAGCCCAGGCUAUUGACAUUGUAAAAGCACAUCCAGAUUAUGAUGAAAGCAGAUGUCAAGCAUUUGUCCAUGAUCUGACAGCUGAUGACUCAGAAGUCCCAUUUCCCUUGGAGAGUCUAGACAUUGUUGUCAUGAUAUUUGUUUUAUCAGCUAUCAGCCCAGAAAGAAUGCAAAGUGCAAUCAAUCGGUUAGCAUCAUAUCUCAAGUCUGGCGGCACUCUUCUGUUCAGGGAUUACGGGCGGUAUGAUAUGGCUCAGCUUCGAUUUAAGGAAGGUCGGUGCUUGUCUGAAAACUUUUAUGUAAGAGGUGAUGGCACAAGAGUCUACUUUUUCACACAGGAUGAACUCAGGACCAUGUUUGAGCUAGCGGGCUUACAGGAGAAAGAGAAUAUAGUUGAUCGACGUUUGCAGGUCAAUAGAGGUCGCCAGCUCAAAAUGUACAGAGUGUGGAUUCAGUGCAAAUAUGUAAAACCUUUGAUAUAG